CGGACAGCAGCACCAUGAAGAAGUUUCUGCUGCUCUUCCUCUCACUGAUGACAGGCUGUGAGGCCUUUAUGGUGAAGGGAUGCAGCGGUGGAUGGGUUAAUUUGACCCACGGAUACCCUAAAAAACAUCAAACAUAUAAAAGCAUUAAUGUAGAGGUCAAAUUUGGACCUCGAAAAAUAAUUGAAACCAAUGAAAAAAACGUGUGGAAAAGCAAAGGAAGAUUUUCCGUGUACCAUGAUGAUCAAAGUAAUGAUCUCAGGGUGGUCAUCAAAGAUAUUAAAAAUGAAGAUUUUGGGAAGUACAAGUUGACAUUUAGAACCGACAAAAAACCUAAUGAAGAAGAAGUGGACCUCAAAUUAGAUAACCGCUGCCAGGAAGCAUUACAUGUACCCGUAACUGCGUACAGAACAAAUAAAACCACCAUCUCAUGUGAUUACAAAAGAAAUGAAGACGACUCCAUGUUUUUCUGCAAAGAGAACGGUUCAAUCUGUAAGGAUAUUUCAACAACAUCUGCUCAAACAAAGGGGAUGUCCACUCUCACAGAAACCAUGAGUGACUUCACUGUGUCCAUCAGUAAUGUGUCAGCACAGCACGCUGGAGUCUACUGGUGUGGAGUGGAAUCAACUAAAGGAAGUUACCGAGCUACUCUCAGGAAAAUACAACUGGAGGUUAAAGAAUCUGAGUCUACUUUGACAAACUCAAAAUUGACAAACUCAAAAUCAAAAUUCCAUCCUCGAACCACUUUGUCACCUACUGGUUUGUCUACUGUUUUGUCUACUGAUUCAUCUACUGGUUCAUCUACUGGUUCCUCUACUGGUUCGUCUACUGAUUCAUCUACUGGUUCAUCUACUGGUUCCUCUACUGGUUCGUCUACUGAUUCAUCUACUGGUUCACCUACUGAUUCACCUACUGGUUCACCUACUGGUUCACUUACUGGUUCAUCUACUGGUUCCUCUACUGAUUCGUCUACUGGUUCGUCUACUGGUUCGUCUACUGCUUUGUCUACUGAUUCAUCUACUGGUUCACCUACUGGUUCGUCUACUUGUUCGUCUACUGAUUCAUCUACUGGUUCACCUACUGGUUCAUCUACUGGUUCACCUACUGAUUCAUCUACUGGUUCAUCUACUGAUUCAUCUACUGGUUCACCUACUGGUUCAUCUACUGGUUCGUCUACUGAUUCAUCUACUGGUUCACCUACUGGUUCAUCUACUGGUUCGUCUACUGGUUCGUUUACUGGUUCAUCUACUGGUUCACCUACUGGUUCAUCUACUGUGUCAUCUACUGUGUCAACAACCCGGUCCAACUCUGCCCAGAAAGAUGGCGUCUCUUGGAUUCCUAUAGUCGCCGCUGUGGUCUUUGUGGCUCUGCUGGGGCUUCUGCUAUUUUUGGUUUUCAGGCACAAGCAUUCAUGUUGUUCAAAAAACAAAAGAAAAGGAGAAGCACAUAACGUGGAGCUGUGGAAGGAUCAUACCUAUGACGAGAUCCAGGAGCGCCCCCAGGUGACAGGUCCAGGAACUGCACUUCAGUCACUUUAUGUCACUGCCAACGCUCCCACAAACCCCUCUGCCUUGCCGUAUUACUCCACCUUCAAACCUCCCACUAACCUUUCUACCUCGCUUGACUGCUCCACCAUCACGGCUCACAACAUCUCUGCUGAAGUUGAUUGUGAAACACAUUCUACAGUGAGGGACCAGGCCCAAUCUGCCGCCUACUCUACUGUCAAUCAUCCAUCCAGACUUCCUGAAUACCCUUUCUAUUCUUCGGUCAACCACCCACAGCAGACCUGAGAUACUGUACAUAUUUUUCACUUCAUUGCUUUCGGAUUCAAACCAGGCUUCACACUUCAGUAAUAAUGUCAUAGUUUACUUUGUUUGAUUUGAAGUCCUAUCUGCACUGAUCCCCAAACAUGUGAUAUGAUUUCAUACAGGUGUGGUUGAUGGAAGGUUAGAAAUAUACUGUUUUAAUUAAUAACCUGGCAGCAGGUUUGUUGCAUUAUGGUAAAGUCAGGGGUUCGUAGUAAUAUAUGUAUGUGGGAACAUGGUUUAGUAUAUUGUUACAGAAAUAAUAAUGUAAAUCAGGCGUUAGAAGAAUAAGGAUUGGUUGGCAAAACAUGCAUUAUGCUUCUCUGUAUGUAUGUCAAACAUUUGUGUAAUAAUCAAAAAUAACAUCUGUGCUAAAGAUGAGCGCUGAUAUUACUGAAUGCUACAGGAACAUGCUGAAUCAAAUGUAUGCAUGUUAGAUUCAAGUAAAUACAGUCAUUAUCUCAUUAACCUGCCCUUUCACUUCAACCUUUCCCCACAGCCUCAGACAGUGGUAUAUUUACUGUAUAUAGUGUAAACUGUACAAAAUGUCAUGCAACAUUUAUUUCAUUCAUCUUUUUGAAAUCCUUCCUAUUUUUUU